GUGUGAAAUCGGUCCAAGUCCUUCAGCCAAAAAAACUUUCCAUGCUCGGAUCGACGCUGGCUCGUCCCCGGAAUCUGCUACAUCCAAAAAAAAGUUAACAGGAAUUUAACACGCAGUGUCCUUGACAAUUAGUCAUCUAAAAGUGGAAUAUAAGUUCCCAGAAGGGUAUUCGCUCAGGUUUGUGGAAGGAGAGGAUGGACCGAGCGUCAAGCUCCAGCCCCACGGGUCAGACAUCUCAGCCUGGCCAACACGAAACAAUCAGCUUCGGCAUCGAUCAGAUCCUCAGCGGUGGAGAGCCGGAGAGCCAAAAACAACGACAACAACAACAACCGCAACAACAACAGCAACAAAACUCGACACAGAACAGUCCGGACAGCGCACACGGUCACCGAACGGCCAGUCCGAGUCCUUACCCUGCUCUCUCGGGAGCUUUUCACGGUCUGGCCGCUCCGUAUGAUGAAUCCGGUGCGUACGGCCCGAACUUCGCUCUGGCGCCCGGCGGCGUGAUCAGAGUCCCGGCGCACAGACCGCUCACCGCCGCCGUGCCGCCCACCGUCCCCGCGCUCAGCGGCAUCGGCUUCCCCUGGAUGGAGAGCAGCCAACGCUUCGCCAAGGACCGCUUUGCAGCUGCCCUAACGCCCUUCACCGUGGUCGCGCGGCGGAUCGGUCACCCGUACCAGAACCGGACGCCGCCCAAGCGAAAGAAGCCGCGCACGUCGUUCUCGCGCGCGCAGAUCUGCGAGCUAGAGAAGCGCUUCCACCGGCAGAAGUACCUGGCCAGCGCAGAGCGCGCGGCUCUAGCCAAGACCCUAAAGAUGACCGACGCGCAGGUCAAAACGUGGUUCCAGAACCGGAGGACAAAAUGGAGACGACAGACGGCGGAGGAGCGCGAGGCCGAGCGACAGCAGGCCAACCGUCUGAUGAUGCAGCUUCAGCACGACGCCUUCCACAAGUCUCUGAGCGAGCCGCUGCCGGCUGACCCACUCUGCAUGCACAACUCUUCCCUGUUCGCUCUGCACAACCUGCAGCCAUGGGCCAGUGAAGAGGGUGGAAAGCUCACUGCGCUGGCGUGAGAGCCUCACUACAAACACCCCGUAUUACCCCACCCACACUACCACUCCCAAUCACCCCUUCAGCCCCCCCAACCCCAGCGCCUCACUCUCUAAUCACCAUGCAGCUGCAUCUCAAAGAACUUCGGGACGUUUUCUGUACAGAGCAAAAAGCACACCUCCGGAGCAGAGGACGAGCUCCACAACGAACACACAGACACACGCAGAGCUGCUACAGUCAGAGACUCAGCAACUUUCUAUCUAUCUCUCUAUCUCUCUUUCCCUCUCUCUCUCCAUCAUCUCAUCAUGCUGAGGGAACGCCGCAGAGACACAUAACCGAGGAUAAAUUAUUCACAACAUGACCUCCCACGGCCCCUACAAUGGGCAAUUUGAACAUAAAGCUAACAAGGACACACACACACACACAAAUACACACACACACAAGCCUGAGAGAAAUCAGUACUGCUUACAUUUUAGUAAGGGUCAAGGGCUAUUCUGCUGUUUCAUCUUCAGUUUCUAACAGCUGAAGAAAGCGCACUGUGAUUUUGCUGCACAAAGUUAACGUUUAAUCAACCAAUCACCUUCUUGAAUUUAUGACAUCACCAAACUAGAUAAAACCUUGAGCUGGAUUUUACCUGAAGUUAAAAAAAAAAACUCUCGACCAUCUAGUUUUCCGUCAGUUGGCUGGCUAAGGAGCGCAAAACAGACUAAAUGAACAAAUGCUUUAUUUUAUCUUAUCAUAUAGCUAUAAUAAAAGUAAUAGAGUGAGAUUAUAAAUCAAAAAACUGUUUUUUUUUGUUUUUUUUUUUAAAAUACUAAUAUAAAAAACUAAAGUAUAUAUUUAAUAUACUUAUACUGUAUUUCACAGUGAACACGGCUACACAAUAUAAUAACCUGAGGUUUGCUAGCUUGCUAACACUCACAGAGCCUGGUCUUAAUCACACAAAAUCGUUGUUAUAUUUAUAGAAGUAGCUAUAUUUUAUUACUAUAUGUUAGAAUAAUAUUUACAUAGCAUCUGGUUUUACACAUGAAGUACACUUUUACUGAUUUAUACACAAUAUAAAAACAGCCGAAUGUUUGCUCUCUCGCUAGCAAACAUGGCUACCGGUUUUAGUUACAUCACGUGACAUCAUGUAGCAGGUGCAAGGUAAGAUACAGUUUUUUCUAACAUUAGAUUAGCUUACUGCUGAGGUUAGCUAGCUGCUUAGCAUCAAAUAGCUAGUACUACAGAGGCAACAUUGGCAUUAGGAGAGGCUUAUUUGGGCUGCUAUGGCAAUUUCUUUUUUACGCAAAAUGAUAGAGAAUUAGCAAAUAGAUGAAAAAAACAGGAUUAUUAAUAUAUUUUAUAGAAAUAUCAGCAUGUACUAUUUAGCUUGAAGUUACAGGUGCCUUGAUGCUAGUUAACUGGCUAAUGUUUGUGCAGCGUGCUUGCAUAACGAUUAUAUUUUGGACUCCAACCAGAAUUUUGUGCUAGACAAUAAAAAAAAAACCUUAAAUGGUGAUGUCAUAGGAUCAAGUUUGCGAGCAGUUGAUCAAACUGUAACGCCGUGACUCGACAAAAUCACGACGUGUGCCAGUGACGAGGCUCAUCUCAUUUUUGUUUCGUUUCUUUUUAAAUCAUAAGGCAUUAUUUCCGAAACGAUGAACGACUUUCGAGACUCUUAUAAGAAAAUGUCUGUACAGUGCUGAGGCUGUGCCAUGAAGAGAUAAGUUAUAUACAGUGGUGAAUAAAAUGUUUAAAGAUGUUUCUAAAACACUCUCGAUGCAUCCAAAUGAGGUGUAAUAUACAAUGUAUUGUAAUUCAUAUGUAAAUAGCUGAAAAUGUAAAAUUAAACCCUCCUUUUUUCUUUGGCUUC